AUGGCGAAGAGCCCGUGUGUCGACUACGGCGGCGAUGCUGUAUCACUGAUGGCGGCGAGAGCCGUCGGCGGUGGCCGUGGCGGCGGCGGCUCGACUGGUAUGACGCUGACGUCGACCGGCCUGAAUACCCUCGCGCCUGUCUGCAAUCGGCAGGGCGAUCUUGGAAUCGGGAGGAAAGGCGAUCCAGUCGGCCGUAGGGCACCGGGUGGCGCGCAAGCCGGGCGUGCAGGUCGGAUCGGGGCAGAUGAGGAGACGCUCCAGAGGGUGGUGCAAUGGAGCCGAGGCUCGUUGGCGGUGGUGGCGGUGGUGGCGGUGGUGGUGAGUGAAAUUCAGAUUGGGCCGGAACGCCCGGCGAGCGGGUUGGCCUGGUGGUCGAUGAGCAGCACCGAGCCCUAG